GGAAUAGUGGCAGGAAACGGGGAUAUGCUGUCACAGAGAGAAGGAGCACAGUAAGUGAGCCGACACGGAGAAGAGCAAUAGCGACGUCUCAAGUCUGUCACCCUACCAAGCUGAUAUUUGUGACGAAGACGGCAAUAGCAGGCAAAUCUUCACAACCCGUGUAACAUUUCACAAUGGUUGAAUGAUUAUUUAACAAUCGGUCUGGGAUUAUGAGUAAAAUGUCACAAGCCAGGUUGUCUUGAGUAAAAUGUAGCCUGGGCUGGGGUCAUUGUGGUUCGGUAGAAAGAUGAACAGAAGCACACCUCAGAGGGGAUCAUCCUCCAGGAGACAGAGCUCAGUUCCAUCCACACCCUCUGGAGAGCACCAGACAACUCCACCACUCAGAAGGACCCCAUCCACCCCCAUCGACCUCCAACCUAGCCUGGGUAGAGAGGCAGAGGAGGGUGGGUCUCUGGACGGAGAUGGGGGUAGCCCUAUAGAGGACUCUCAGACUGGGGCAUUGCUGGGUCAGGAUGAUGGAAAUGCCAGUACCCCAGCCACACUCACCUCACACCUCCCUAGGCAGAGACCCCACCUGGCAGCCGAGAUCCCCAAACCAGGGGACGAGCUGGCCCCUAUCUCCCCAGAGCUGGCCCGUUGGAUCAGGCUUCGGGCCCAGGACCUUAAGCUCCGCCAGAGUGACCGCCAGUGGGCCGUGGACCUGGUCAACCAUCUCCGGGAAAGCAUGCUGGUCUUCCUCAAGAACAGUGACGAGCAGCCCUACUUCCAGUCAGCCUCUGUGCUCAGCAGUGGUUCAUACUACGAGAUGGUCAAGAUACUCAACCCAAAUGAGUUUGACAUGAUGCUGAAGCUCCAGUCUCCUUCCCGCCUCAAAAUGACUGAACUGGACCAAUACCACGGCCUCUUCUACGAAGUCGCCCUAUCCCGAUCAACCCGUUCCCACAUACGGUCUUUCCUUUUGGACGAUGGGCUCACCAUCUCAGCCAGCAAGAUCAUAAAUGAAAUGCACCGUCUGGUCCGCAAGUUCAUCAGCACCUACAGAGUGCCUGGAAAUAGCUGGCGUUGGGUUGUGAAUAGGAAGCGUCCAAACUCACCAGCGGUGACCCUUUCCCUGUUGGAGGUGGAUAAUGGGAAACAGGAACUACUUUCUGUGGAUGUGGUGCCCGCUCUGGAAGUGCCCUCCUCACAGGGCUGGCCUCUGGCUGCCCGCGCCGGCCCAGAUGUGGACAACUGGCUGGGGAAGAAGACCCGGCGCUCUCUCACCCACCAAACUUGCUUCUUUGUGCCCAAGAAACCCCCGGGACGAAACCUUAGUGAGGCAGCUAAAGAGAGUUGGAGGAUUUCCUUUUCUCACAUAGAAAAGGAACUGAUCAAGACUCAUGGGAACAAGAGGACCUGCUGUGAGACCUCUGCCACCAAGUGCUGCCGUAAGCAGUGCUUCAAGCUCCUUAAGUGCCUGAUCGAGGGACUGAAGCAACGCUACCCUCAAGAGCUGGAUGCUCUGUGCUCCUACCACGGGAAGACAGCCUUCCUACACACCCUCUCGAUCAGGGCCCAGGACUCCCUGUGGACGCCCCGUCAGCUGCCUGCCUGCUUCAUGCACCUCCUAAGGGCCCUGGAGGGCCACGCAAGCAGUGGUCUGCUCCCCCACUUCUUUGUCCCCACCUCCAACCUCUUUGCCCCACCAACCUUCCCGCGCAAAGCUUUGGUGUUUCUGAUUGAGGCUCUGGAGGAGCAGAGGAGACAGGGGCUUCCCCUUUUAAUGCCCCCGGCUCCUGCCCCACCACUGGCAGUGCACUCCCACAGUGACUCCCAGCCCCAGCUUUCCCCUGUUGUACAGCAGACUCCUGUUAUCCAGUAUCCUGUUAUCCUGCCACCCCAAGUUGUUGAGAUGAAAUCCUUUGAGCAAAUGUUCAAAAUUGUGGCUUUGGUUGUGGUUCUUGUCUAUGUUUGUUACCUCCUGUAGAGGUGUCUGUCCUGCCCAUCGGUGGUAGGAAGGUGGCAGAGACAGUCUAUCUUCAGCAGAUGGUGGUAAAAUGACAUGCAGCUGUAGAAAAUGGUAUGCCAUUUUGAAACAGUAUAACAUAGGAUAGGAUUCCAGAUUUGUAUUUCUCUCUAAAUCUUUUCUUUGCUCUAGACAAACACAAUUAAACAUUUAGCCCAAAAGUAAAAAUUUUGAAUUUGUAUAUACAGUGCAUUCGGGAAUUAUUCAGACCCCUUUUUCCACAUUUUUUUAUGCUGCAGCCUUAUUCUAAACUGUUCCUCAUUAAUCUACACACA